AUGGGCGAUAUUUCGACUCCAGCGUACAUUAUGGGAGCGUUGACGGCUGGCGGUGGAACUUUCGGAUACGUCAAGACAGGAUCAAUUCCAUCAAUCGCCGCAGGCGUUACCGUUGGCACCUUGUACCUCAUUGGUGGUUAUCGUAUCCAGAACAAGUUAUCAUAUGGAGUUGAGCUUGCACUCUUAGCAUCCAUUGUGCUUGCCGGAUCAUCCAUCCCAAGAGCCAUCAAGAGCCAGAAGCCACUGCCAACGGGUCUGAGUGUCCUGGCGCUCUAUGGCCUUUACACGUAUGGAAGUGCGUUCUUGAAGAAGUAG